AUGGCUUCCCUUCUCUGCAUCAGACGCCCCCCAGGAUUCACCCUCAGGGAGUUGGGGACCCUCCGACAGCAGCAGUGGAAGCUGCAGUUGGUCAGCCACAGCCUGCUCUUUUCCCAACCUGGGUGGUUUCAGUACCAGGCCCCUUCCUACCUGGCUGGGAUUGUGAUUUUUAAGGGGCCAGCGGGACCCCCGUCAUCGGACCGCUGCCCGGACACUUCGCCGGACAGGAGGCAGGAAGGCCGUGCGGUCCCAGAGGAGAGCCGGCGAGAUGAGUUGAGAAGCCCAGGAUUCGCAGCCAGCUCCCUGGCUCUGGCACAGACUCCCCUGCCCCAGGUGGAAGAUGAGAUCCUGAUUGAGGAUGUUUGGAGGCCUUUCUGCCUGCCUGUGGAAGCCGGGAAGCACCAGGACCUGUGCUACGUCAGCUCCGACACCGUUGCGGCCCUACUGCAAGGCGGAUACGCUCAGUCAGUGGAGGAGUUCGUGGUGGUGGAUUGUCGUUACCCUUAUGAAUACGCCGGAGGCCACAUAAAGGGUGCCCUGAACCUCUACCGGGAGGAUCAACUAGUGGAGAGAUUCCUGCAGAGGCCCCGUUGCCCGCCCGAAGGCCCCAAGAGCCACGUCUUCAUCUUCCACUGCGAGUUCUCCUCCGAGAGAGGCCCCCGUCUGUGA